UCUCCCCCUACCACCGCCAUCUCCCCCUCUCCUUCCCCCACUGUUUCUGUCCUAGCCAACUUCCUGGCAGAUAUUCAGCACUCCAAGAGGACAAGAGGGAUCAGGAGUCUGCCAUUGACAUGUGAGCUCACAAAUGCACAUUCAAGAAAUGAGUGGACUACGUGACUGUCAUUGCUUCCUCUCAUCCUCUCUGCUUGGUCAAGGCCAGGAUGACACUCAGGCCUCCAAUUGUAAAACAGGUCCAUGCGCUCUGCAGCCUAUUUGGCAAGUACACUGUGAUACUAAAUGAGUCUCUGCUUUUGGAAGAUCUCCUUUGGAACAGAGCAUUCAGCGGCUUCUGUGGUGACCAGCUACGUUUGGCAGCAGGCGCGAGUGCCCACAACUGCACAGAGCAAGGAGCAUUCAAAACGGUGAUGUUCCAGUUUAAAAGGACAGAGCUGCAAACAAAGCACUGUGUUUUCAAGAGUGGUGCUUCGAGGUGUAUCUUCCAACAGACUCUGGAUGGAAACAGAGCUCACUUGCUUGGACUCUUCUACAUCUCAGAGGGUGAAGGGGAACCACGGUGCACACGGGAACUGACUCAGGAGGCAGAGAAGAUGGGCAUCCUCAGCGUAGACUUGCUGAUCACACUGCAGAUUCUGCCAGUUUUUUUCUCCAACUGCCUCUUCCUGGCGCUCUAUGACUCGGUCAUUCUCCUCAAGCACGUGGUGCUGCUCUUGAGCCGCUCCAAGUCCACCCGCGGGGAGUGGAGGCGCAUGCUGACCUCAGAGGGAAUGCGCUGCAUCUGGAAGAGCUUCCUCCUCGAUGCCUACAAACAGGUGAAACUGGGUGAAGAUGCACCCAAUUCCAGUGUGGUGCAAGUCUCUAAUCCUGAAGGAAGUAACAACAGUGAAAACGGUGCCCAAGAGAAGACAACUGUUGGAGCCGAGUGCCACCUUCUUGACUUUGCCAGCCCUGAGCGCCCACUCGUGGUCAACUUUGGCUCAGCCACUUGACCUCCUUUUACUAACCAGCUGCCAGCCUUCAGCAAACUGGUAGAAGAGUUCUCAUCUGUAGCUGACUUCCUGUUGGUCUAUAUUGAUGAGGCUCAUCCUUCAGAUGGUUGGGCGGUGCCUGGGGAUUCUUCUUUGUCUUUUGAGGUAAAGAAGCAUCGGAACCAGGAAGACCGAUGUGCCGCAGCUCACCAGCUUCUGGAGCGUUUCUCCUUGCCGCCCCAGUGCCGAGUUGUGGCUGACCGCAUGGACAAUAAUGCCAAUGUAGCUUAUGGGGUAGCCUUCGAACGUGUGUGUAUUGUGCAGAGACAGAAAAUUGCUUACCUGGGAGGAAAGGGUCCCUUCUACUACAACCUUCAAGAAGUCCGGUGUUGGCUGGAAAAGAAUUUCAACAAGAUGAAAUCUAGAUUAGCUGGUUAA